CUUUCAAUAUCCCUUCAAUUAGGACAGAGGAGCGAGCGAGCGAAGGGAGAGCGAGUCGCGGGAAGAAGCUGACUGAGCAUUUAGGAGAGAUACAGCGAGUUUGAGUUUCAAGGCAUGCAGUUUAGAGAAAUACAACAACCACUCCACAAGCUCUACUGAUCGAAAAACAUAAGAGCAACGCAGGUGUUGAUUAAAACAAAUACAAUUUUAGUGGAUUAAUUGAGAAAUAGAAUGGGUUCCAAAAGAUACCAUUCGAAUACACCGGGAAAAUUGAACUACUCAUUAUUCUGCAUUGGGGUUUGUCUAAUAAUUCUGCUACCGUUGUGUGAUACAUUCAACUUGGACGUGGAGAACCCUUCUGUCUACAGCGGACCUAAUGGGAGCUACUUUGGAUAUUCCGUGGAAUUUUACUUGACCAAUUCUUCAAGCGUCAGUGUAGUGAUUGGCGCUCCCAAGGCCAAUACCAGUCAGUUCAACAUCACAGAGGGCGGGUCUGUGUACUUCUGCCCAUGGAGUCUCGGCCAAUCUGAGUGCCACAACAUUGAAUUUGACAAUCAAGGGGACCGCAUAGUCACUGUCAGUGGCACAGACUACAAGGCUGAAGUCAAGUCCCACCAGUGGUUCGGCGCCACCAUCCGUUCCCACGGAGACACCAUUCUGGCAUGUGCCCCCCUCUACUCCUGGAGAACCAAAGCAGAAAAGCCCCAGUCAGAUACCACGGGAACCUGCUACCUCUCUGUCAAGAACUUCACCAAGUUUGUGGAAUAUGCUCCCUGUCGCACAGAAUUCAUUAACCAGGGUGGUCAGGGCUACUGUCAGGGGGGAUUCAGUGCUGAUUUCACAAAGGAUGGGAAAGUGGUGCUUGGAGGACCAGGCAGCUUCUUCUGGCAAGGUCAGGUGAUCUCAGCAGCCAAAGAGGAAAUAAUCAAGGCCUACUAUCCAGGGUACUUCAUGCAGUCUGUGGAGGGACAGACCCAGACCAGACAGGCUCAGAUCAAAUAUGACGACAGCUACCACGGUUACUCUGUUGCAGUUGGGGAAUUCAGUGGAGAUGACGUGGAAGAUGUUGUGGCUGGGGUCCCAAAAGGGGUCAUGCUCUAUGGUUUGGUGUCUGUUUUAAAUGGCACUGAUCUGAAGUCCAUGCUCAACUACACUGGCGAACAGAUGGGCUCCUAUUUUGGGUAUACUGUGUCCACAGCCGACAUCAAUAACGACGGCAUGUCUGACCUGUUGGUGGGAGCUCCAAUGUACAUGACCCGAGGGUCAGACGGCCGUCUGGAGGAGGUGGGACGUGUGUACCUCUAUCUGCAGCGUGGACCACUGGACCUGGAGCCAACUCUCAACCUGACCGGGACCCAGGUGUUUGGGAGGUUUGGCAGCACCAUCGCACCUCUGGGAGACCUCAACCUGGACGGAUACAAUGACUUGGCCAUCAGCUGUCCUUUCGGUGGAGAGGACCAGCAGGGAUUGGUUCUCAUCUACAACGGAUUCGCCGGUGGGCUCAGGAACACACCCUCUCAGGUCAUAGCUGGCCAAUGGGCUUCAGGCACAGUGCCGGCCAGCUUUGGAUUCUCACUCCGAGGUGCUAAGGAUCAGGACAUGAAUGGCUACCCAGAUCUUAUUGUUGGUGCUUUCGGAGUUGACAAGGCGAUUUUGUACAGAUCCCGGCCCAUCGUCAACACCAGCGCCUCCCUGACCAUCUAUCCCACAAUGAUCAACCCCGAGGAGAAGAGUUGUUCAGUCUCCUGGUAAAACUGCAUCAUAUCUGUCUCCUGUGUCAACCUGAGUUUCUGCCUCUCUGCCAAUGGGAAGUACCUACCAGACAACCUAGGCUUCCUGGUAGAGGUGCAGUUGGACCAUCUGAAACACAUGCAGAAGGGAGGGGUGAAGAGGGCUCUGUUUGUAGACUCCCAGCAGGCAAUGCUUCAGAGGAGUGUGAGGGUGCGGAGCGGAGAGCGUGUGUGUCACGAGACCAAGAUCUACCUGAGGGAUGACAAGGAGUUCAGAGAUAAGCUCUCCUCCAUCUACAUCUCCCUCAACUUCAGUCUGGAUCCUCAGGCAGCGUUUGACUCCCAUGGCCUCAGACCCAUCCUUAACUACAAGACCACCGAGCUCAUCGAGCAGAAGGCCCAGAUUCUGCUGGACUGUGGAGAAGACAACAUCUGUGUUCCCGACUUAAAGCUGGCGGUGCACGGGGACAGGAAGGAAGUGUACCUAGGUGACGACAACUUGCUGACCUUGACUUUCAACGCGCGGAACGAAGGUGAAGGUGGGGCCUAUGAGGCUGAACUGUAUGUGGUGUUACCUCCUGAAGCAGACUACAGCGGUAUAGCUCGCAAUAACGAGAGCCUGACCCAGCUGACCUGUAGCUACGAGGCUGAGAACCAGACCCGCUACCUCAGCUGUGACCUGGGCAAUCCCAUGAAGUCUGGCACCAGCCUGUGGGCAGGCCUGCGUUUCACUGUGCCACGACUGAAGGACACACGCAAGACGGUUCAGUUUGAGCUGCAGAUCCGCAGUAAAAAUGAGAAUAAUUCCCACAGUGAGGUGGUGCCCUACAAACUGGAGGUGGUUGUCCAGGCCGAUGUUAUUUUACAGGGUGUCUCCCGGCCAGACAAGGUCUUCUUCCCUCCCCUCAACUGGAAGGUCUCCAAGACCCCCCAGGAGGAGCAGGACAUUGGGCCUGUAAUCCAACACGUCUAUGAACUGGUGAACAAAGGUCCCAGUGGGAUCAGCCACACAGUGCUGCAGCUCAGCUGUCCUCUCAGUGUUCAGGGCCAGGGUCUCCUCUACCCCCUGGAGAUGUCUACUGAGGGACCCCUCAACUGCACCACCAACCACUCCAUCAACUACCUGCAGCUCAAGCUCCAGCAGACAUCCACAGAGCAGCCGCCCCUACUUGUGCCUGGUCAGGAUCACCACAUCGAGAGGAGAGAAGUCCAGAGAGACCAGCUGGCAGAGCACACUAACCUGUCCUGCUCUAACGUGGAGUGCUGGACACUGCAGUGUGACGUGGGUCUUCUGGAAAAGGGGACCAGCGCCAUCCUCAAAUUGCGCUCCCUCAUCUGGGCUGAGACCUUCAUCGAGAGGGCAUACAAGGGCUACGUGCUGGAGUGCCUGGCAAGGUUCAGUGUGGUCAAGAUGCCCUAUGCCAUCUUGCCCAAGGAGGUACCGAGUGGAUCUAAAAAGGUGGUGACCCCAUUGGUGUGGAACAAACAAGACAGCCAAUACUCUGUGCCCUUGUGGAUCAUCAUUCUGGCCAUACUGGCUGGGCUUCUGCUGCUGGCACUGCUCAUCUACGUCCUGUACAAACUUGGCUUCUUCAAAAGGUCGCUACCCUACGGCACGGCUAUGGAGAAGGCCCAACUUAAGCCCCAGGCUGCGUCUGAGGCCUAAACACCACAUAGAAAGGAUUAAAACAAACUAUUUUGUUGCCACAGAACCAAAGAAACCUAGAAACCCACAUGAUUGCAAUGGAGAAAUGUGGUUAAUUUAAACACCCAGAGAGGAUUAGACUGCAGUUAAAGAGGGAGGAGGAGGAGGAGGAAAGACCACUGGAACUCCACUGUACUGCACUAGAGGAAGAAAUACCCAAAGAACUCCAAACCAAAUGAAUGUUUUUAAUUUAAUAUAUGUUUAUGUUUGUUGUCGUUGGGUUGGGGUUGAUCACCAAGCUGAACUUCAGUGUCACAGUCAGACAAACUGUCUUUAGACUUACUGAUCCUAUUUGAGUUGAAGUCCAAGACUAGUAACUACAGAAGAAGAGGAGUAGCCUAUGGAAGGCCUUGAUUCGAUCAAGGAAGAUGCUGGUUUCUCCCUGCACAUCUUUUUAAACAGCUUUGUAUUCCCUUGUGGAUCCUUGUGAAAUAUAAUUGUUUUACUCUUUUUCAACUGCCUUCAUUUUGGUGCUAAAAAAGUGUGAUCACUGCUUUUAAAAGGUAUAUGAUGGUGUUGAGGGGGACUGAAUGCAUCUCCCUUCCUUUUUGUAGCCAUUAAAGAAAUCUGAUCUGAUACUUUCCCAACCGAAGUUAGAAACAUGCUUCCUGUUCAGGGCACCAGAGGAGCAUGUUCACCAGAGGAGCAUGUUCACCAGAGGAGCAUGUUCACCAGAGGAGCAUGUUCACCAGAGGAGCAUGUUCACCAGAGGAGCAUGUUCACCAGAGGAGCAUGUUCACCAGAAGAGCAUGUUCACCAGAGAGCAUGUUCACCAGAGGAGCAUGUUCACCAGAGGAGCACAGACAGAGGAUGUCUGUCUCGUGUCUCCAUAAUCUACACCUGAGCUGUUUACCCAUCCACAUUUCUACCAAACAUGUUUUUACAGCCAAUCUUUUGUUUAAUGUAAGUUCAGUUUGGCUUCAGUAAUGUUUGGCACGUACAAACUCCUGUACUGCCAAAAUAGCUUCUUCAGCCACAGAGUGGUGGACAUACAGUGCUUGGUCCAGUUGUUUUGCACUCAAAAGAAGUCUACUGAUGUCUAACAAAAUGCCAAAAACAGACAGGAUACUGACGGACUGAUCUUCCUUUGGGUUUGACUUGACCAUUACUGAUCACUUUGUUGAUCCUGUAUGUUUGUGUUUGUUGUGACAGAUCAAAGCAUUGCCUCAAAGUUGACUGGGACUUGACUGGAUCCAUCCACCAUGGGCCUGUGAGAUAGAUCCCACUGAAAGCUGGAAACACUCUGGUGCCAGUACUCUGUCUGACUUGUAAACAAGUUUGUCCAGACUUUGCUUGUGCUGCAAGAGGCAGUAUGGAAAUUGAUUUGAAGCAAAGAUCAUCCAGGUGUAUCCACAGCCUUGGUGUGUAAUGCUGUCUUGAAGUCAGUACAUUACUAUGUUGCCAACAGAGAUCAAGGAAGCUGUAGGACAUACAAUCUGGGUGGGUUGCUUGCAGGUAAGGGCUCACUCCGGUGAGUGUCAGGGAAACAGCCAAAUAUCCUGUCCCUACACAUUUCACCUUGAUCUUGUAGUGUGCUAGGAGUAUCUUUGCUCUGGUUUGUUUUAAUUUUAUUUUGAUGUCCUUAUGAUAACAACUGACUGAGUACCAGAAGCUCUCACACCACGAUGCUGCAGCUUCAUCCAUGGACUGAAUAUGUGGGGCUCUUUUAUUUGUCAUGUAAAUAUGUUUUGUGUGUGUGUCAGACUGCCUGUGUCUUCAUGUGUUGAUGUUCCUGUCUGUUUUUUUGUGUGAAUCAGAGAUCAAUCCCAAUGCUAAGUCUUCUCCUUUCUCUCUUGCAUCACGAGGGAAAGGUAGACUUGUCCAGCAGUAAUGCUGAUCAUCGCAUCACUUCAAUCUGUACUCAGGAUGGGUUGAGACUGCCUGAUUAGAGUUUAGGACAGCUAGGACCAGAGUAGCUAUUAAUUUAGGGCCCAAUUCAGACUUGAGAUAAGUAUUUUUUUUUAUGACUUAAGUCCAUGUUAAGUCAACUUAUCUCAGGUCUGAAUCAGGCCCUUAAUGUAAUAGAGAUACUGCAAUGAAAAUGCACAUGCAUACACAGUAAAAUCAGUUUGCCUCUUGUAAAGGGAUAGCAACUGGGCAUUGGGGGGGGGGGGGGGUGGUUUGUACGUGCAAUAUUAUUAUUCACUCUGGUUGAUAUUGGUUUUAGUUUUUGCAGUAGUUUUUGAAUUUUCUUUCAUUUUGUUCCGGAGGGGUUGUGUUAAACCAGGUGUAUCUAACAUCUAAUGAUGAGUCUGUGUUAAAAACCAUAUCAAGUCUGCUCCCUAUGGUCGGAUGGGGGUAUUGUCAAAAACAACUGGUCUGCCUAGAAUUUUCCACUGCACAUAUUCACCACUUUUACAUUUUGCUCCACUGCUAUAACUAGCCAAUGUUUAGUAUCACUAUUUCAGAUAUCAGUGGUAAAAAAUACAUUCAUCAAACCUCCUGAGUUGAACUCGAGUGGGCAUGUGUGAUAAUGUAUGUUCAGUUCAAUUGUAUCACCUAUCCAAACGCAGCCAUAAUGCUACACAUCUGUUUUCACUAUUUGUUUUGAAUGCUCCCUAGCUCAUAUUGGUGAUUUAAUCCACAAGCUUUAUCAACACUCAUGAUGCAAAGACUGCUAACGCCACUCAGUGGAUUCAUUUAACAUGUAUCAUAUUAUUUUUAACAGUAUUUGUAUGAUAUUGUUUUGAAAAGUAUAUGUCUGAUCGUAGUGUCCAGACUGAAAAUGUCAACCUAGUAUUAUUUAUAUUGAAAGAGGAUGUUUUAAACAGAAUCCUCUGUGGUUACAGUAGAAGACUACACUGGGUUUAUCCUUGUUUUCUUAAUGCUUUCUAGGCCCCCUUUUAAAAAUCUCCUUUUUACAAAGUUGUAAAUAUUUCUGCCGAGAAUAUUUUUUAGAUCCAAUUGGAAAAAAAACAUUUGUGAAAUUUACUCUCCCCAUAUUGGGGAGACUUUCUGGGAAGAUGAUUUAGUCUUUUAGUGAUCAUUUGUGUCUUAUUAUAUGGUUUGCAUUUCAAUUAAAAAAAUGACAUGCUUUGAUUGAAUACACAGUUCUGAAAAUAAUUUAUUUAAAAAAAUAAACUUGCCCAUGGCAUGAAA